AUAAAAAAAAUACCAUUUCCUUCUUAGGCAACAAGAUUUCCUCAUAGUAUGAUACAAAUAUUAAGGUGGCUAUGGAAGCCUAAACUCCAUUCAAAAUGUGUAUAUUACGUGAAGUGUAUAAAGACGCGGUUAGAGACAAUACAAAAUAAGAGAAGAUAUGUUCAUAAGUUUACGAAGGAUGAUAUCGCAGAACUUCUUAGGCGAGGACGUGAUUAUGAUGCAUAUAAAAGGACUGAAUGGCUUCUAUUUGAGGAAAAAAUGUUAUCAUGCUAUGAAUUUAUCGAGAAGUUUAUCGGAUGCGUGUCAGAUCAUCUUGAAGAUUUAAUUCAACAAAGCGAUUGUCCCGAGGAAUGCAAGGAAGCUAUACCGUCGUUGAUAUAUGCUGCAGCAAGAAUUUCUGAUAUACCGGAAUUGCGUGAUCUUAGAACUGUAUUUACAGAAAAAUAUGAGAAUUUUCUUGAGCCAUACAUAAAUAAAGAGUUUGUUGAGAAAUUGAGAAGAGAUCCUCCUACAAGAGAAAUGAAGAUUAGGUUAUUAUAUGAAAUAGCUCAAGAAUUCUCUAUAAAGUGGAAUGCAAAGGGUCUCAAGAAAAUUCUUCAUAAAGAUCCAAAUGAGAAAUCUGUUGGAGAAGAAUACGAAUAUGAAAGUGAUGAAUUCAAUACAUUGAAAGAAAAUAAGGCAAGAGCCCAAUAUAGUAGUGAUGAUGAAACAACAAGCACAGACACAUCAUCAUCACCUCAUCAUCAUGGAAGAAAAGAUAGUUCAAGUUCAUUUGGAAGUGUUUCUGAAGAUGAUCAUGAACAAAAACAAAGAGUAGAAGAAGAAAUCAAGAAACCAAGAUCCUUUUUGCUAAUUCCACCCCCUUACCAGCUCAAACAAAAUACUAACAACAAUUCCAACAAAACAAUAGAUUCUGAAGCACUUGAUGAGAAAAAUGUGGAUUCUAGUGAAAUGAAACCGACAACUUCUGUGGACACAACAUUAUCGCCAAAAGGGAAUGUACCAAUGUGGUCUGAUGCAUGGCGUGUGCCUCCUGAUUAUGAUGAAUUCAUUGCUCGUUUUAAAGCAUUAACAGGAAGAUCAUAGAAAUUUAUUAUGGCUAUUGUUUAGUUUUAGUGGAGUUAAUUAAUCACUGUUAUGUAUUAAGCAUAUGAAUUUGCAAUUCAAGACUGAAGAUAAAUACAAUACAAUAUAAAUUUAAUUUAAACCCCAAGAGUACUUGGAUGACAUGGUUAAUGAUCUCCUCCAACUUAAUCAGAGGUCCUGAGUUCGAAAUCAAGAGUCUGGUUCGAUCUAUCAAACACCUAGUGUGCAACAUGAAUUGUGUCUCCAAUGAAAGAACCUAUGCAAACUUACUCAUCCUUGAUGCGAAGAAUUACGAAAAAUUGUGCAAGCAAAUGAAGGUGUUAUUUGGCUACCAAGAUGUU